CGCGGGGAGGAUGGCCGCCGGGGCCAUCACCACCCUGCCCGACGCCGCCUCCGCCGCCGCCGCCGCCGCCUCCGGGCCCUUCGCCCCGGGCAGCUUCAAGGAGCCCAAGCGCCUCUACUGCAAGAACGGGGGCUUCUUCCUGCGCAUCCAACCCGACGGCAGAGUCGACGGCGUCCGGGAGAAGAGCGACCCGCACAUCAAACUACAACUUCAGGCAGAGGAGAGAGGAGUGGUGUCUAUCAAGGGCGUGGGUGCGAACCGCUAUCUCGCUAUGAAUGAAGACGGCAGGUUGUCGGCUUUGAAAUGGGCAACUGAAGAAUGUUUCUUUUUUGAACGCUUGGAAUCCAACAACUACAACACAUACCAGUCACGGAAACAUUCCAAUUGGUACGUGGCACUGAAACGAACUGGACAGUGUAAGCUCGGCCCCCAAACGAGACCAGGACAGAAAGCCAUCCUUUUCCUCCCGAUGUCCGCCAAGAGCUGAUUGACUGUACCUGCAUCACCUAACUCUGACACCACAUCCAUGGGAAGUAGCUUACAGUGGAAACACGAGCAAAUUUUUUUUGUCAAAUUUGGACAAUACUCAACAAAAUAGUUACAAAUAACCUUUAGGAAUGAACCAACCGUAAUUACACCAUUAGGCAAAUAUGAAAGAUAAAGUAUUUGGGAAAAACUACUUAGAAAUUUAUAACUAAUCACCACAUCUACUUUCUACUUGGCGAAUCCUACUUAGUUAUGAUUUGUGCUUUAGGUUUUGCUUUUUCUUAAUGGACUCUAAAGGAUGUGCUUUUUACAGAAAUAUUUACCCUUAGAGAAAUAAUAUAAUUAUAAUUAUAAUAUAUCCAUAGAUCUUAGCAAAAGAAGUAAAUGUUUAAUCAUCACCGAAACAAAAAUCCUUUAAAAAGGCACACGUUAGUUCUAGAUGUAAAGCUUUUAAAUUAUUAAUACACAAAUGUGAAUUAUUACAGUCCUGCUCUACGUUCCCCUCCCAGCCCAUUCCCUGUUGCUAUUUCUAGAAUCAGCCAGUGUAAACUGCUGGGCCUCCUCUCAAUCAUCAGAUCCUUCUGUCUCCAUAAGGCACAGGUCUAAACUGUUCAGCUAGCAAAUCUGCACUUUGUCCCUGGUUCUGUUUACCAGGACACUGAGAUUCCUCUGCCCAUGGGUGUGUUGAUAAAAUUCUAUUUUGAAGAAGGAAGGCCACAAGACAGAGGCUAGACUCAUCAGGACUUCUCAGAAGCUCCCAUCUCAGAUUCAGAAGGGACUUGACUCUAACUUGAUUCCAGUCUCUGCAGAAACCUCCCCAACUGCCGUACUUCCAGGGGGAACUGAAAAAUGUAGGGUAGAAUACCUUAAUGGGGAACGUGUGUUUCAGUCCUCAUCUCAGUUUUUCCACUGAGGAGGCCUCUGUUAUGUGCAGUGGUGAAAAUCACCUUGAAGGCACAAAGCUUUAAAAUGCUUGGCGGGAGCAGGCUUGGUUCUUGCACUUUGAAGAACGACAGACUGUUGGAUUGUCUUCAGUUCCCCCGGAAAAUGACUGACACUACAAAAUGAUUUUCUUCAUAUGGCAUGAAUGUAACAGCGCCUUCCUGAAAUGGCUAUUCUUGGAAAGAUUUUAACCUAAACAAGACACACAGCUUUAUAUGUUUCUCUCCCCCGAGUCAAGACAGUAUGAAACAACUUCAGCAAUUUCCCAUAUCACUUCUUGUCUAACAUCUAUCAAUCAGUCCAUGGAGGACUUGCAUGUAAAUGUCCACACUGACGUAACCCUCUCCGGGUCAGAUCCUGAAGUAUGGAAGCGUGGGACGGCUGCAAAUCAAUCCAAUUGAAGAAUGUUUUCCAACAUCUCUGGAUAAUCUGGAUAAAUACAACUCAAGACUGUAAACUCGUUGUGGGCAAGGGAACGUAUCUACUGACUCUGUUGUAUUGUAGACUCCAGUGCUCUGCAAACAGUAAGCAGUCAAAAAAUACCCCUGAUUGACUGAUUGAUAUAACAAUCACAUCAGAUUCAGUCCCUGGCCAAUACGGGGCUCACAUCUAAGAGGUAAGGAGAGCAGAUAUCUUAUCCCCAUUUUGCAGAGAGGCCAAGUAUUAUGCCCGAGGUCACAGAGCUGGGCGGGAAUCUGGGGUUCCCAUCCAUAAUGCUCUUUCCACCAGGCCACACUGCUGUACUAUUACUACACAAUACUUUAAGCAGAACUGAAGGCAUUAAAAGAGGUUUCUAUUCCUCUUUAAGUUAGGAAAGUUAUUUGGUUAAACAAGAUUUGUUCCCAACUUUUUGAAAACUCUUUGCUUUUCAUUAUAGCAGAAUUCUCAGUGUUCGCCUACAAGGACGCUUGCUAAAUUUCAACCAAAAUCUCCACAGAAGUGCUCUAUAUGGUCUAGACUAUUGGGAGCAGCUGCUACCUUUUCAUGAAAUAUUUUUAAAUGGCCCGAGGCCUAGUCGGGAGCACUUUUUACAUUUUGUCAUUGCUAGGCCACAGACCAGAACAGAUCCAGUCUUGGCUUCUGGAAAACCCAGGUUUGGGGAAAGUUAUUCUCCACUUGAGUUAACUGUCCUGCUGCUGUUCAGAGUGCAGAGCCGUCCCCAGCCCAUUACCAACGUCAAUCAGGACACAAAACUGGGUGAAUAAGAGAAAAGAAAUGCAUAUUCUUUCUUUUUCCCUCUACUCUGAUACUGGGGACCAGUGGACUUCAAAGAGAUUAUUAAUAUGUCACCAAGAACAGUCAGCCCUAAACCAAAGAGAGGAAACCUGGCUAACCUGAGCUUUUUUUUUUGACAGUAUAUUUGUUUUAUUGUUCCCUUAUUGCAGAUUAUUUUAAUGUACUGUAAAUUCACUGGCAAUACCAUUUGAAAUUGUGAGUUUGGAGAGCAAAUGGAAAAUCACACUCCCUUUUUAUGAUUAUUUUUUGCCUCUCCUUAGAUUUAUUUCAAUACGAUUUUUGGAGAAUCUAAAAAAUAAGAUGUUGUUGCGGUUACGGUAAAUUAUAUAUAACAAUGGUGGGAGAAACACUGCAGAAUGAAAGCAUCCCCUCUUAUUUCCCAUGGACCUGUGUGCAUUGAUGUUUGGUGACCCCCAUCACUGCUACCUUGUCUCUGGUAGACCUGAGACUUCAUUCAGUGUGUCUGAAAGGGGCACUUUCCCAACAUUAGUAGUUUUCUCCUUCAGGAGAGGGCAACAAAGACACUUUAGAGAAGCUCUCAGCUUCCUUGCGAACUUUCAGGGAAUUUAUUCCCAAGGAUUUGGCUUUUCCUUCUCUUCUACAGGCACCACCCCACCAUGUAAAUAUAAGUACCAUAUGCUUAUGACACUGCUAUGCAUGUUUAUAAACUGUACAACAAAUUUCAAGAACACAAUAAUCUUUCUGCUGCAAUGUCUUUUUCCAAGUUCUGACUGGUUCACAGUAGGAAAGAAGAGGAAAACUUGGGACAAAGUAUUCUAAAAGCCAACUAAGUUUCUCAUUUUCCUGCGUCGGAUUCUAAAUCAGUCUUUAUUCCUGGGUUUGAGACAGAAGUUGCAUCGGGCACAGUAAGCAAUAUUCAUAUGGAUCCAUGAAUGGCUUUUGAUAGUGCUUACUGUGAACUCUCACUGGCCUCUCUGGGACAUUUGGUAGAUAACUUCAGAGAUAUUUACAAUACAACUUUGUUAGACUAAACUCCCUCAAGUGCUUGGUACAGUGCUCUGCACACAGUAAGUGCUCAAUAAAUACCAUUUAUUGAUUGAUUCAUUGAAUAAGCACUCCAAAAAAAAUCAUUGGAUAGUUUAGAAAAGAAUUUAAUUUGCCUCUCAGAUACAGGAUCCAGAAUGCUGUUUUCAGGGUUGCGGAGGCCCGUUUUGGCAUUCCUCUUGCUGAAUGGGACAAAAUGCUAGGAGCGGUAGAAAAAGGAUCACUAACUAAGGAUCAAGCUUGCCAAAAAUGAAGUUUGUAUAUGCUAAAAGUAAAAUCUGAAGUAAAACUAAGCUCAGUUCUCCUGUAUAGCUUUACAAGAAGAUGCUUCUGUAGGUGAGGUAGAUAUUAGGGUCCUGUUUGGGAGAUGGUUGAAAUCCACAGAAAGAUCAGUCUGUUUGAUAUGAACUCAGUUCAUUUCCCUGCAAACUUAGUGAUCAAAUGUCAGUGUAGUACAGAAGACUACAUCCACCUCAGCUCAUCGCCUAGCAAUGUUUGUCAUUUCUUUUUAACAUCUUACUUCGGGGGAUUUCAGUCUGCCAAGUUGCAGGAUAUUCUAAGCAGCAGAAAAACCAAGGAGAUGCAUUCCAAAAGAUCAGUAUGAUAAACCGAAAUGUCACAUACACAGUGUCCUUUCCCUCUUCAUUCGGACCCACUCCAUAAUUGGAAGUUAGCUGGCAGGUCCUUAGAAAUGUUCCAAUCUGGGCCCCCAUUUGUGACCUGGCUAGGGAAAGUCUGAAUUCCUUCAGUUGAUUGUGGCCCGUAUCAGGAUACGAAUCAGCAAGCUUAGGUGCCAAGUCCAAGGGGGAGGCAGCCCCCACCACUCUCUGGGCAGGACUUCCCUUCUUGUUCAUUCCUGAUCCUAAUGAGACCUGCCAGUUUCCACUAAGGGGGGGGAGGGGGAGGCUGAAAAAGCCAGCCUGUUGGCCUUCUGAAGCCUGUGCCCUCCCCCUCAGUCCCCUCACCAAUCCUACCCUCGCUAAGCUCCUCUCUUCACAAUGAGAAGGUGGCACAUCUAAAAAUCUCAUGAGUAUUUUCUUUGGGGCAUUUGGAGAGGCCUCCCGGGGCUGCCUCUCCACUUGCCUCCCAGAGUUAAAAACCAGAACUCCUUAUUUCCCCUCCCCACCAAGGGAAUGGGGCCGGGGGCGGCAGGGGGGUAAUGUUCCUGGGCACUUUCCCUGGGGGGGGGGGGGGCGGGGGAGGCUACAAGCAGAUUCCCUCACAGCCUUUCAGGAGGAAGGGUUUUCUUUCGAUAGAAACUGUGUGGGGGUUUUAGUUGAUGGGGUUCAAAAACUGCUUUGACUGAAACAAAGGAGGGAAACAGCUCCUGAAUGUCUGGAAUUAUUUUUUUCCCCAUGUUUGCUGCUAGGUGACUAGUUAAAGAAAUAGGGAAUUCUUAAAGAAGCUGCUACAAACAAGAUAUAUUCUGAAUAAUCUUAUAUUUAACCAUCAAUGUAUUCUACUUUGAAGUGUCACCUUAAAAUUCACCCUUGUAGCAUCAAUUUAAUCAGCAAACUGAUAUUAUGGAUGUAUUACAGUUGUAUUCUUAAAAUGAUUUAUGUAAAGUAUAAUUGCUUUUCAAGCUCGAGUGAAUAAAUAGAUUUAUAAUUUUAA